UGUUUGUGCGUUGGUGAACAUAGGCGGAGUUUAAAGUCCCUGUGCUUUCCAAAACAAGAAACGUGUGUUGACACAAGGUCGGAAUCAGUUACUUCCACCCGGGAGGAGCGACGCGACCAGCUGUGAUGAUAUCAUAGAAAGCAUUGCGAUAAAACAGUUCAACCUCAACGCUGGAAGAACAUGUACACUUCCGAAGAGUCCAUAAGAAUGACCGACCCCCAGAUAAAACCAGCUCUGCCGAGUCAGGACACACACACACCCCUAGAGAAAAGCCCAUCUGCACAAUCAGGCAGUGGUGCAAUGCUUUUGUUGUGUUCUGUGUCAGUGGCCUGCCUGAGUGGGUUGAUGAUGGGCUAUGAGAUGAGUCUGAUAUCUGGAGCUUUGCUUCAGCUCAGAGAAGUUUUGACUCUCUCGUGCCCCCAGCAAGAGCAAGUCGUCGGGUCUCUUCUGCUUGGAGCCUUCUUUCUCUCCCUGGGUGGCGGCACCAUCCUGGACCGUUACGGACGCCGCUUCUCCAUCAUCCUCACAGCCCUGCUGUGUGUUUUAGGAACACUUCUGAGUGUGUGUGUGGUAUCGUUCUGGGCACUCGUGGCUGGGCGAAUGUUGGUUGGAAUGGCAGUGGCACUGUCGGGCACCGCAUCAUGCCUGUAUGCGGCGGAAGUGGCACCGGCCGCCUGGCGUGGGAGGUGCGUGUGCGUGUACGAGCUGAUGGUAGUAUUAGGGAUGCUGUUGGGAUUCUGGUUAAGCUGGGCAUUUGCAGGUAUUCCAAAUGGAUGGAGGUUUAUGUUCGGUGGUGUGCUGCUACCUGCGCUGCUGCAAGCCGGCAUUAUGCCUCUGUUGCCACAAAGUCCACGUUUCCUGCUCGCGCAACAGAGAGAGAAAGAGGCUCACGCCACUCUCCUCCGUCUUCGUGCAGGAAUCAAAGGGAAGGACACCGUGGAGGAAGAACUUCAGGCAAUUCGCCUGGCCCUGGGGGCGGAACGCCUGCAUGACUUCCUGGACCUCUUCCGUUCCCGCAACAACAUGCUUCACAGACUGCUUAUUGGUGCUGCGUUGGUUUUCUUGCAGCAGGCAACAGGACAGCCCAAUAUUCUGGCAUAUGCAUCAACUGUUCUCAGCAGUGUGGGCUUCCAUGGGAAUGAGGCGGCAACUCUUGCCUCUACAGGGUUUGGGGUGGCUAAAGUGGGAGGGACCAUUCCUGCCGUGUUUCUGGUGGACAGAGUGGGGCCUAAAGUGCUCCUGUGUGUCGGAACUGUUGUAAUGAUGUUGUCAACAGCAACACUGGGGGCCGUUACUAUGCAGAGCCGGACUCACGUUUCCAGCCUAUGCCAGGGCCCCAUGAUCAAAGCAAACCUCACUUUAUUUGGGAUGGGAGAUGAGACUGAUAUUCAGACAAACACACUACUUGGCUUGUCUCGGCCCUCCCCAUCUCACCAUGAACUUCAAACCAGCCACAGAAUAAAUCCUUUCCUCAUUAGUAUUAAUGAUAGUAAGGACCAUUGGAUUUUAAACCACACUUAUGAUCAUAGGACAGCUUUUGUGGACCCUGCAGAACUGGGGGUUUCACCCUCUCUGAAAUGGAUUUCUCUGGUCAGCCUGCUGGUAUAUGUAGCUGGAUUCUCCAUCAGCUUGGGACCAAUGGUACAUGUUGUUUUGAGUGCAAUCUUCCCAACUGGCAUCCGAGGAAAAGCUGUGUCCGUCAUCUCUGCCUUCAACUGGGCCACCAAUUUGCUCAUAUCGAUGACCUUCCUUACCCUGACAGAAAGGAUCGGUUUGCCCAGCGUGAUCUUCUCCUAUGCUGCUAUGAGCUUCGUGUUGGUGGUGUUUGUGAUUGUAUUUGUGCCAGAAACGAAAGGCCGAUCGCUGGAACAGAUUUCCAAGGAGCUUGCCAUGAAGAAUCAACUGAGCAGUGCACUGCUGUGUCACAGAAGAAAAAAGGAGGCUAAAACACAAUCCUCACCAGAGGAAAAAGCUCUUGCAACUGUUUGACAUUUCACUCAAAUGAAGAGUCGAAGAGCUAGAUGAAAUUUGCAAGCGAUUUUUUAAGUGUUCAUGUCAUCUUAGACUCACAUUGACGCCUGGUGUUGUGGAUGCAGCAUUAAAGUUAAUAGUUUUUAGUUACAGAUGCCAUUGAAUAAAUUCACUAUUCACAAUCAGCCAUGAUUAAUUUAAUCAAUGAGCGAAAGUGUCCAAUAACAAGACGGUUACUGAGAUCAAGCCAGUAGUAUUCAGAUGGUCAUGUGAUUCUAAAAUGGCAGCCCCCAUGAGGGCGCCCCUGCCCCAUGUAUAAUAAAACAGAUUUUAUAAGGUUACUGAUAUGAAUAGAGCCCUCAUCUCAUGUGAGUGCUCAUGAUUUUAUACAUACACUGGCGGCCAAAAGUUUAGCCAGUGUAUGUUUCAAAAUUACAAUUAAUUUCUUUGAGUAAACAUUUUUUUAUGGGGUAAAAUUACUGAGUGCACCUUUAACAAUGUAACUUCUCGUGGCAUGAAAGGUCAGUUGAGAAGAGUUUAAUAAAUCAGUUUGAUUGAUUUGUAUACAUUUUUGAAAUGCACAUUAAAACACUGCAGUUUUGUUUUGACAAAGGCCUUUGUACAAUCACUGUUUUAAAUGAUUUAAAUAUGUUCCUAAUCAUGACAUGGCAAGUCAAAGCCAAGUUCUGUGGCACAACCACAUAUAGUAUUUGUGUGCUGAGCACUGCUGUGGUCAGCCCCUGAAGGUGUAUCCAAUCGUAAACCAAUAUGAUAUUUUUUUUUUUAGUACAAUACUACAUUUUUGAUCAUUAAGAAAGCCACAUGAUCUCACUCUGUCAAAACAUGAUGAAUAUGUAUAUAUGUAUGUGGUAGCCAGGUAGAAUAUGAGUAAUGCUGGGAUAUUCCUUCUCU